GGAGGUGUCCGUUGUGGCCUCGCAAAGUAUCGCUAAAUGAAUCGCAUUUUUGACAGCCUAAACGAGCUCAAAAAGUCAUGAAACGUUGCACACGUGUCAAAGGUGGCAAAUGUUUUCAUAUGAUAUAGGCUUCAGAACUUGUGGUGUUAAAAUGGGUCUAUAGCGCCACCUACCAAAAUUCAAUAGAGCAGCCCCCCGCUACGUUAAUCAUACAGAUACAAAAUGCGGUAGGAUCAUGUAUCACCUCAAGACCUACAAAACAGUCUCUUGGAGCAAAGCUCUAAACCCCACAGGAAGUCAGCCAUUUUUAAUUUUCUCUGUAAUUUGAGUGCAAAUUUAGCCAUUUCUUGCCUUCGUAUUUUAACGAACUCCUCCUAUGAAUUUAACCAGAUAAUCAUCAUAUUUGGUGUGUGUCAUCUAAAGGGCUUUGCAAUGCUAAAUUGCGGAGAUCUUGACAUUUCAAUGGAGGGUGUGUCUGUGGCGGCUUGCCAAAUUUCUGUGUUUCUCAAAGAAACAGGCAUUUGUUCUAACUCAGGUUUAAAAUGUCCAAUCUGACCCACGCUUCACAAGUUUGAUAAGUGUCCUGUCCUGAACACAUCAACAUUUCGAUGGAGGGUGUGUCCUAGCCGGCCUGCCAAAUUUCUGUUUUGCAAUGAAAUAGGAAGUUAUUCUAACUCAGGCUUAAAAUGUCCAAUCUGACCCACGCUUCACAUGUUUGAUAAGUGUCCUGGCCUGAACACAUCAACAUGGCAAUAUUCAGGAAAAGUUAUAGCAGGAAAUACCAUGUUUUACACUGUGAUUUACUGCUCAUAGAAAUUUAUUCAACUCAUCAUCAUAAUUGGUCAGCAGUGUUGUGUGUAACGCGUUACAAAGAACUAAACAAGAGUUGGACAAACUUGUCGCUUCAUUCAUCGUCGAUGAAAUGUUGCCCAUCAAUACUGUCGAAUCUCCCACUUUCAGAAAGAUACUUAGCAAAAUACCUAUAACCGGAGACAGGCGCCCAUGGUCAGAUCGUAGAACUUUCACGGCUAUCUGGACGAAUGUUAUCUAAAAAUGGAGAUUGAAUUAAAGAAAACGUUUGAGAGUUUGCAGUAUGUUUCCACCACUGCAGAUAUAUGGAGUAGCCAUAACCGAAGCUUUCUGGGAAUCACUGUGCACUGGAUUAACCCUCGCAACUUAAACCGUGAGAAAGCUGCCAUCGCAUGCAAUAGAAUAAAGGGCAGGCAUACAUAUGAUGUCAUAGGCUCCGAAAUGGAACAGAUUCACUUAGCGUUUGGCCUUUCACAUAGGAUCACCACCACCGUUACAGACAACGGGUCAAAUUUUGUUAAAGCUUUUAAAAUGUAUGCACCCACUGAGCCUGACGAUGAGGAGGAUGAAGAGCAAGUUGAGCAGGGUGUAGUUUUCACAGAUGUGGAAGAGUUGCUUGGGACUACAGAAGGACAGUUUUCUCUUCCUCCUCAUUUUAGAUGUGCUUCGCAUACGCUCAAUUUGAUCUCGUGCAAUGACAUCGACAAAUGGCUGUCAUCAAACACCGACUCAAAAUCUGUGUACAGGAGUGCAACGGCGAAGUGUGCUGCUCUUUGGACAAAGGCAAGCCGUUCUACCGUAGCCUCUGAGAUUGUCGAUGAAAUCUGUGGGAAAAAAAUGAUCGUGCCUACAUCCACAAGGUGGAAUUCCUUCCACGAUGCCUUGUCCCUUAUCAGUGUCAUCCCGGCCCAAGAUUUGAAUACGCUUUGUACUAGACUGGACAUCAGAGGCCCGACAGAGCGCGAACAUCUAUUCCUAAAGGAAUACUGCAGUGUUUUGAAACCGAUGACAGUAGCACUGGAUAUCUUGCAGGGCGAAGAUAACUGCUACUAUGGUAGUCUUCUACCAACCCUGGAGACCCUGAUGUCAAGGACGCUCGCACUCCAAAAUGGACUGUCAAAGAUGACAGCAGACCUACCGGGUGUAAUUGUACAGGUAAGCCAAUUCUUAAUAGCCUAUUUGAUAGUUAGCUAUAGGCCUACGUGUUGUAUCCUCAUAGUCAUAAAAAACGAUUUAGUUUCAUAUAUUUGUUUAAAUAGAUGAAAUAUAUAUAGGCUAUUUUAUUUGAAUAAAGUGUAAAGCAUAUAGGCUAAGAUCAUAAAUUUGCGCAAUGUAUUGGGAGACAAAUGGAGUGGGCAGACAUGAUUUUGACCACUUUAUUGAGUUGUUUUUUGUAUAAAGCCUUUCUUUAAAGUGAAUUUCGUUUUGUAUUAAUUUUAUCUUAAUUUUAAUCAAUGUUUUAUCAACCAAUUGCCUGCAUUUAAUAAAUAAGAAAUAAAUAAAAGAAAACGAUUUAGUUUCAUAUUUAUGUUUAAAUAAAAUAAAUAAAAAAUAUCAUCUAUGUUAAUUAUAUGAAAAGUGUAAAGCAUGAGUAAGAUCAUUUUGCGCACUAUAUCGGGAGACAAAUGGAGUGGGUAGAUAUGAUUUUGACCACUUUAUUUAGUUUGUUUUUGUAGAAAGCCUUUCUUUAAAGUGAAUUUCGUUUUGUAUUAAUUGUAUCUUAAUUUUAAUCAAUGUUUUAUCAACCAAUUGACUGAAUUAAAUAAAUAAGAAAGAAGCUAAAUAUUGCAUGCAAUAUAAUCAUCACAUGAAGGCACCGAUGUGAAUGGAGUCUCCGAUAAGCUACUUUCCUCUCACAGACUCGAGAAAUGUAUAGAAAGCUUGAAAUGUGUACUUUUGAGAAAAAAUAUAUAUAUAUUUUGUUUAAAAUCUCUCUUUUUUUCUCCUACUCUUUUUUCUACCUUGAUAGAGUAAGUCGUAUGUCUGAAAACUAAGCUUAUCUUUAUAAUUUUGUUCUAGGCUAUCAAGACGCGGUUUGCACCGGUGUUGGAGAGCAGGGAAGCUUUAUUGGCUGCCUUGACGUUGCCGAAAUUUAAAGUUCGGUGGAUUGGGGGUGCGGAGAGAAGCGGCGCGUGCGCUGCUCAUCGCUGAGUGUCGCACUCUACCCCAUAAUACAGAGCCGACUGAGAAUAAAAACAGAGAAGUUGCCGCACACAGCAGCGCCAAUGAAAAGGACUUUUUCUCUUUUAAUGAGGAGGAGGAAGACGCAAUGGCCUUUAGUGCAGACUCAGAGGUACUUGAGUACAUGAGAUCAGGCUCUGAGUUAGAAGUUGUCAACCGUUUCCCCCGAGUAAAAGCUGUGUUCAUGAAAUACAACACUGCCACACCAUCCAGUGCACCGGUGGAAAGGCUGUUCAGCCUGGGAGGUCUUGUGCUUACCCCCAGAAGAAACAGACUUUCAGAUAAACGUUUUGAGAGACUGCUCCUGAUGAGGUAUAAUCACCUAUUUUGUGCUGAUGUGGAAUAGGUUGCCUGCCUAUAGACAACUCAAGCUCCUCUUUUCUAUCCACCCAUCAUACUACACUCUAAAAAACGUUGGGUUGUUUUUUCAACCCAACUGCUGGGUUGAGCCAGUUGGGUUAUUUUGUUGGGUUGUUUUAUCAGUGUUGGGUAGUUUUUGUGUAACCCAACUUGUUGGGUUAUAUGUUGGGUAAUUUUGAAGCAGAGCCAACUUAAUAGAUAUAGCUGUUCCUCAAUAUUACUUUCUCUAAUCCACAAAAUGUAUUUUAAACAUAAAUUCAGGCGAGAAUAUAUAUGUAUUAUGUUCAAAUUUGCAGUCGGUUUGUAAAGUGAACGCCAAUUUUAAAGUUUAAUUUAAAAAAUUCGGAAUGUUAACGGCCACCGUUACCGGCCACCGGGUGUCAGUGUUGUUCUUCCCCAGAGAGAACUUCUCCCUUCCCCCACACAAACGCGUCAGACUCCAGUCACAGCUACAAACACGCUACCUGACGCGGGAAUUUUACCAUCACCUCGAUUCAUGAGCGGUUUUUCAUCGACUUAUCUUUGAUUUAUUUGAAGGAAAAGACCCUGAUGGAUAAAAGAUGGAUAUUUUUUUCCUGGAGAAGCUAAAACAAUGUCACUUUGAGGUUCUGAUACCAGCCUUUACAAAGUUAUUUACAGAGUUCACAAGACUUCUCUGUGUUAUUUCCUGACCAUGCCGAAAAGCUAUUUGAAACUUGGGCACUGCAUUUUACGGACAGAAUCCUGCAACUUCCCAGCCAAGAACCAGGAGCAUCAACAAAUCACCUACAGGUACACUUGGGAAUACAAUAGUUGUUUGCUGAGUAUUAUGACAGUAAAAUUACUAAUUUAACUAAAACAUUUUUCUCUACAGAACCCCAUGAUGAUAUUCCAACUCCUGUCUACAAAAGUGGGAAGAAAAUCUUAAGUCUAUGUAAGUAAUGGAAGUAUUGCACACUUUGCUUUGCAAGCAACCUAAAACAUUUAAUAUUUUGUUUGUGAACUAGCAAGAAUACAUGUUUACAAGUAGGAAUAGAGUUAAAACUCGGACAAGAAAAAUUGUCUUUUACUCGCAACUCUAAAACAUUAACUUUAGGGACAAACGUUAAAGGAAUAGUCUACUCAUUUUCAAUAUUAAACUAUGUAAUUACCUUAACUAAGAAUUUUUGAUACAUCCCUCUAUCAUCUGUGUGCAUGCACGUAAGCGCUGGAGCGCGCUGCGACACUUAGAUAGCAUUUAGCUUAGCCCCAUUCAUUCAAUGGUACCAAUCAGAGAUAAAGUUAGAAGUGACCAAACACAUCAACGCCUGAAAAGUCCGC